AACCAUCACGACCAUGACCAUCACCAGGACCAUUUGCGGUGGCCAACAAUCAGCUCCCCCCCCAUUACUAGCAAUCCCACCAAUUCCCAACACUGCCUCUCUCCCAUAAAUAAUCCUCUCGGUGAACUCAUUGAGGUAUGCGACUGUCACCCACUGCAUCUCAUCGGCCAUUUCCUUUCAGCCAUCGAUAGUCAAGCUCCCUGUCAGCUCACUACAAAAACACGAAGCAAUCCUUUGUACGCUUCCCAGCGUUUGCUCGUUUUUCGGACACGUCAAUCGCAAAUCACACAACGCCUGCAAAAAUACAGUCAUUGCUAUGCGAAUCUUCAUUGUUCCCAUAUCGACGCGACGAGCUCUUAUCUACGCUCGGCCCGUCGGCCAAGAAUUGUCCAAGGAGCGCACAAUUGUUGACAAAAUCACCAACAAGGCGGCAGAGACAUGGGCUAAGUGGGAGGAGGCGGAUAAAGGCUGGAAGAAACACCUGGUCUCCUGGGGCAAUCGGGUGCAACAACGAAUUCCCUAUCAAGAAUGGGGUCUCAAGAGUAUCCCCUCGCUGAGCUCUCAGCAGCGCAUUGACAAGACCUACGGGACCAAGAAAGUGGAUGUACUCUUCCCCGGCAAUGCAAUCCGAUCGGAGAAGCUUCACUCACUCUUACAAGCCAUCGCGACCGAGAGGCAAGACUUGCAUCGCAAACGGAUGUGGUGGAGCUUCCUUGCGACACCUCUCACAAUCCCGGUUGGACUCCUUCCGGUCAUACCUAAUAUUCCGUUCUUCUACCUGGUGUACCGCGGAUGGUCGCAUUGGCGAGCCCUCAAUGGAUCCAAGCAUCUAGAGUUCCUCCUGGAGAAAGACCUCCUGAACCCCAUAUCCUACCCUGCGCUAGAGAAGCUCUACGCUAAACGAGUUUCGUAUGCACUGGAGAGCACGGAGGUGGACAAGCCCCAUUCUGAGAUGGUGGAGGACGUGGAGAGGAGUGACGAUAAAUUAUUACUCCGCAUGAGCGAUGCGAAGAAACUGGCAACAAUUCUCGACGCACCGGACCUGGCUCUGGAAGCAGAACGGGCUAUCGUGCAGGUGCAGGAACAAUUAAGCUCGCAUGAUCAAGGAGAUAAGGACCAGAGUCCUCCCAAGGAAAAGGAUGCAUGAGUUGGGGGGGGGGGAGGCCUAUCGUGGAGAGAAGGGAUUCUGAUAUCUAAAAGGUGCUCGAGGGUGUUUCCUGGUUGUUAUGGUUCGGAGCUUUGAAUUGGGGCUCUUGUAUGUUCACCUCUCUUGUAUGGAGUCAUGAUUCGGGUACAAGUACAUAAACAUUAUAGAGCAUGAGCAAUGUAUUUGAGAAUUGAAUGAGC